UUUCCUCUCAGAUGGAAGAUCGAACUGUUGAAAUAAACAUCUUCCGCGACAGAACGAUGAACGUAGCACCGAAAUAAACAUGUCUCAACAUAUCGCUGCCCUAUUAGUGUCCUUGAGCGCCUUCUCCAUUGGCACCUGCUUGAGUUGGACAGGUGUUAUCAGAUUCGCUUGGGAACCCACGGAUGCGGUCAUCGCCGUUGGUCAAAUUGCCCAUGUGGGAGCCGUGAUUGGUGCUUUGGGAAUUGGACCUUUCUGCCAGAGGAUCGGACCAAGAAGGAUACUUCAGCUGGUAGCGUUUCCUCUUUUCGGAUCCUGGCUGAUCGUCGCAUUCUGCGCCACGACUUACGGCCUGUACUUGGGCAGAUUCCUUGCCGGCCUCAACUUGGGGGCCGUCUGUGUCGCCGCCCCGACGUACGUAGCCGAACUAUGCGAGGCCAAGUACAGGGGAUCCCUGCUUUCCUCGUUCUUCGUGCAGCUCGUCCUCGGAAAACUCUUCGGUCUGAUCUUAGGCGCAUCGAUCGAGGAUCCGAAACUGCUCGCACUGGCCUUCGCGAUUGUACCUGUGGCUUGCCUCAUCUGCGUCUCCUUCGUCCCGGAAAGUCCUCUGCAUCUGACCUCCGAAGGAGAACUGGAGGAUGCGAAGAUAAGUUUGCAAUGGUUGAGAGAUCCUUCGAAGGAUGUGGAUGGAGAGUUGCUCGAUGUAGCUGAUAGUUUAACAGUUGAGCCUCAAGUUAAGAUUGCCCUGAAGAAGCUUUCGAUCGUCCUCGGCCUCGUCUUAAUCCAAGCGCUUUGCGGAGCUCCGCUGGUCUUCCUCAAACUGGCAACAUCGAUUUCGAUGCUGCUGGAUGUUCGCAGCAGUUUCCUCUACAUUGUCAUCACCUACGUGAAUCAGGCUGCCGCCUCGUUGGUAUGCGUCCAGCUGAUCGACCGUUGCGGAAGAAGGAUCCUCCUCGUUUUAUCCACUUUACUAACGUACAGCUCUCUGAUGGCUCUCGGUCUCUUCGUUUGCUUGGACGAACCGAUGUCAAUUCCCAAUCUAGUCUUUCCAAUAACGACGUGCCUGUUCGCAAUUGGAUUCUCCAUCGGAUUGGGACCGAUCCUCUGGGUGUUCGCUGGUGAACUCUUCGGAGCUAGGACAAAAAGUUGGACGGUUCCAAUAGUCGUAGCAACUUAUUGGUCUCUGGAUCUUCUGGCGCUGAAGAGCGAAACACACUUCAAUCAGCUGUUUCUUGAAGGAGAUCCAAUGGGUGUUUUGGUAUCUGCUCUACUUUGCUUCUUCUCCAUAGUCUUCAUCUACUUCUGCGUACCGGAAACCAAUGGAAAGUCUAUCAAGGAAAUCGAUGAUCUCUUUAUAAAGGAUAAGAUCCAACAGGACGCAGCAUAAUUUAACAUAAUUGGAUUGAAAUACAUUCAAAUCUAUUAUCU